CCCAUAAGAAAAAAGAACUCACCAAAAUGAAAAACUUUGCAUUACUGUGUUUUCUUUUCAUUGUCAUUGCCUCAUCUGAGGUACGCUUCUGCCGAGCGGACGCCUCCCCCGAUGCAGUCCUCGACACCGAUGGAAAGAAGCUUCGAGCCGGUGAUCAAUAUUACAUUCUCUCAGUUUACAGCAGAAACAGUGGCGGAUUAAGCAUCGGCGGUAUCUACGGAUACGAAAAAUGUCCCAUCAACAUCCUCCCCGAAUCUUACGAUUAUUUAGACGGUCUUCCGGCGACGUUUUCCCCCGUAAACCCUAAGAAAGGUGUGGUCCGAGUUUCUACCGAUUUGAACAUCGAAUUCGAGGCGAGCACUAGGUGUGGAAUAUCGACCGUGUGGAAAGUAGGUAAGUUUGAUCAAUACUUGAAGCAGUAUUUUGUGACGAUGGGCGGAACGAAAGGGAAUCCGGGGCGGGAAACGAUCGGAAAUUGGUUCAAAGUGGAGAAGCAUGGUAAGAACUAUAAGUUCGUGUAUUGUCCAACAGUUUGUAAGUAUUGCAAAGUGAUGUGCAAAGAUGUGGGAUUAUUUUACAAGAAUGGAAGAAGGAUUUUUGCUUUGAAUGAUGCUCCAUUCCCUGUUAUGUUCAAGAAAGUUCGAACUUGAAGCUGAUGAAUCAUGAUGAUGAGAGGGAAAUUAAGGACUAAAAUUUCUCUCUAUUAUGUAUCCAAUGUAAUAAUAAAUAAAUUGUUGUAAUCCUCUUUAUCGAAAUAAAAGUUUAGUUAUUAUAUAUAUAUAUAUAUAUA